AUGCGACUUAGCACGCACCUCGCGAGUGUGAUGGCUGGCUUGAGUGCCGUAUCUACCGGGCUAUUGAUCCCAUUAGUAUCUUCGGGGCCCUAUAGUGUUGGAUUGGACAUCAAAACUCUCAUUGAUGAAUCAAGAUGGGAUCCUUACGCUCCAAUCGACAUCCCGCAGAAGCGCCGUGUUUUGAUCUCGACUUUUGCGCCCGUCGAUACCCAGGAAAACUCUUGCCCGCAUGGAGAGGUUAACGUUCCGUAUAUGCCCCCCAAAACUGGAGACGUAUUUGGACGGCAGGCUGAAGCCAUGGGUCUGCCGUCUGGAGUUUUCGAGGACUUGCAGCUGAAGUUUUGCCGACUCCCUGAUGUAAACCGACUCCAAAAACACGCUCUAAAGAAUGGAACCAAACUUCCAGUCGUCAUAUUCUUUCCGGGUCGGGGCGUUUCAAGACUCAUGUACAGUUCCAUGGCGAGGUCGGUAGCAAGUCAUGGCUACAUUGUGAUCACAGUUGACCAUGCUUACGACGCGUCGAUCAUCGAGUAUCCAGAUGGGACUGACAUAACUGGCGUCGUUGGCGAAGCGAAUAAGACCGUUCUGGAAAGAUCAGCGAAAGUUCGAUCGCAAGACAUUUCGUUCAUUAUCGACCAAAUCAAAGGCAACGCCACAGCAAUUGAUCAGUUUGGAUUAUCCGAAACAGGUAGCGUCUUUGUCCUGGGCCACUCAAUUGGGGGAGCCACUGCCGUGUCGACAUCAUUCAGCGACGACCGCAUCCGGGGCGCUAUCAAUCUCGAUGGCGACAUGCUUGGUCCUGUCGUCAAAGCCGGUCUUGAAAAUCCCCUCUUCCUCAUUGGAAGGCCCCAUUCCCGCGACCAGGGUCCAUCGUGGAAUGAAACUUGGAAUAGCCAGCGUGGACCAAGCAUGAUGCUGCAGAUUGAUGGUAUAACGCAUCAGUCAUUCUUGGAUGCGCCAUUGCUUGUGAGUUUGAGAGAUGUUCCGGAGGGCUCGAGGGACAAGGUGCAAGCUGCUUUAGGGACAAUCAAUGGCAGACGAAUGGCAUCUCUUGUAAUCCAGCUGAUCGUUAGUAUUCUCGAGUACGUAUUGGAUGGUGCCGAGAGCCGAUUAUGCCGUGUGGUUGGGGACCAUCCGGAAGUGACGGUUUUGGAGAACAAGGGGAUCAAUUGUUCUUAA